ACAAAACUUAACACAUCUAGUAACGUCAGUCAAUUUUCCAAGACCUUCAGAAGUACAAUUAACAAUGGAAAAUGUCUGUUAUGACGAUUUAAAAGAAGGAAGAAGGAAAGGUUAUGCCUUUGAGUUGGUGAAGUUAUAUGAAGGUCCAGAGAAUAAAAGGAAAGGACUACUCUUUGACAGGUCUAUAUAUCGCCUUUAUGAGAAAAUAACGAAAAUAUUGCAAGAAAUCGAAACAACGCAGAAAAGGGCAAUUAAGAUGUUUAGUAUUGGAGUAACUUAUCCAAAAUAUACCAAGUUAGCAGAGUUUGAUCCAAUGAAUAGCGAUACAUGGAAAACAACUAGCUUUGAAGGUUAUUUGAAAGCAAAUUAUAUAGAUUUUGAUGGGGUUAUCGUCCUCUGUGGUGUUUCACAAGACCUCAUACCAAACGCAAGACCAAACGCAAGACCAAACGAAAACGCAGCACCAAACGCAACACCAAACGAAAACGCAGGACCAAACGCAACACCAAACAACUGGAGCUACUCAAACUACGCACUGGACUUGAGACAUCGUCUGAUGUACAUCUUCACUUUCGAUGAUCGAGAUGCGCGAGCAACCAGGGGGAUAGAUGAAAAUAAAUGUAGCUCGACAUCAGCGGUUGCUUUACUCUACAUGGCUUUUAAACUUGGAAAGAAAGAAGCAAAACAACAGCCAGUGGCAGCCAGAACGCUCCCUGGGGACGGGGACACGACGCAACCCGACACUGCAUCCACCUAAAGAGCAGAAGCAGGUGGAUCCUCGGAUGUUGUUCACAACGCUCCCCCGCCUGCGUCCAACACCUCUGCACCUCCAAACAACUCGUCAACUACAUAAAACUUGUUUCAUUAGAAUCCCUUACGACUAUUAUCAACAGUGCCCAUCAUGACAUUUCAUUUUGAAAUUUGGAACAUUGGAUGUAUGCAUGUGGUCUAAUACCCAGAAUUUUCCAAAAAUACUAAAUUAAAAUGAGUUUCUUGUAUCUUGUGUGCAUCAUUAAAUGCAACUUAAGAAGGUAUAUGUGCAUGAUUGAUUAUCGUUUCGAUGAAAACAAACUCAAAAACAUCUUGAAACAAAUAAAAAAAAUAUCCAUCUCCACUGGUGACCAUCUCCACUGGUGAUAGUGCAACUCGUUUUUAUAAUGAGUCGAUUCAUUAAUCAUUGUGACUGAAUAUAAAAUAUAUACCCAGAUUUCAAUUACAUUGAAGCCAAUACAGAUAACAGUUUCGGUCUGCCAUGCCAAUAACUUCAUCUGUUCUUGUUUGAUGUUAUGCAAAUCAAGUUACGAUUACAUUAUAAAAUUUACAAUUUACUGACCGUUCUAUACUUGUUAAACAUUCCUAGUUUUUUGUAUAGUAUUUAUGUACUGUGCUGUUUAUGGAGUUUUGCGCUGUUGUUCCAUGUUUCUUGUUUGUGAUUUUUUGCUUUUGUGUUCUAUGUAAUUGGCGUUUACCCUUUGCCAUUAAAGGGGGUUUAUGUUUACAAUUUUGGCUAGUGAGCUUGUUUCUGUAGUUUUUCACGUAAGUAUUAUUACUGGAUUGAUCGAACAGUACUUAUAAUCACCACUUCAGUUUACUUAUUCCCUCAUUUGAUAGUCAUUCUUUUCUUAGGUCGAACUGUAAGGUUCGCUACAUCGGAUAAUUUCGUUCUUAAGUUCUUGGUGCGGCGAAGGUUGUUGGAUGGGUGUAUAACAUAAACCAACAUAUUAGCAUUCUUACACAGUGGUAGGUGCUGAUAUUGUCAGAACAGUGGCCGGGCAGAGCAACCUGUGCUUAGGGAUUGACCUAGUCAUGGGAGAAACAAUGUUUUUUGUACGCUACAGCGUCUGAUAAUAUCAGCAAAAUCUAGUAUAAUUUAAAUUACAUGAUAAAUACAAUACCUCUUCUUAGUAACACCUCCCAAAGCUUUUUCCUAUCAAGCUAAAUCAAUAAUAACAUUUUGACCUAUUACACAUCAAUGUACCAUGCUGUUAUUCCCAUGUUUAUAAUGAUACUUAAAUUUUUGCUUCUAAAUGUAUACGAUUAUCCUUAAGUUAAACUCUUGAGAGAACUAACCAUUUUACAUUGGUGUGUCAACUAGCGGAGCCGUGUGCAUGUGGAUUGCCCGUGCAGCCGGGAAAACUAGUUGAUGCUAUCACUGUGAUUAAUUUGAUAAGAAAGCUUUUGUAAAAAUGCCCCACCCCAUUUUUUAAUCUGCUAGUGAUACAUACUGGUUCUCAGUCUGGUGAGUGGUUUAUAUAGUAUCUUGCACUCAUUUGUAUUAAAUAAUAGCUUAGAUGAAUUGAUAGCUUGAAUUGUCUUGUUGAAAUUGUUUGGGCGUGGUUCUUGUGUUGUAUUGUUUGUAUCGCACCAUUGAAAACGUUUGUAUGUAUGAUGUCAAUGAAUAGGUAGUUUCCCCAUAUAUUGGAAAAUAAAUAUUCUGUAGCCUGAUCAGCGCUGGGUAUUAUCAUGUCCCCCUGCUACAUUGUCUAAUGUUAUACCCGUGUUUUAAGUCUUACACUUAUU